AUGUGGUCUUCUAGCCCAUCUUCGUGGGACACAACCAAUGAAGCGUUCGCUCUCGGAAAUGGGAAGCUUGGAGUUAUGCCAUUCGGAGAACCAGGUGUCGAAAAGUUAAAUCUCAACUACGAUGAGCUGUGGGAAGGAGGCCCCUUCCAAGUUGAAGAAUAUCGUGGAGGAAAUCCCAAUUCUAGCAUGGUAGACACCUUAAACGACAUCCGUGCUUUUAUCUGGAAGAAUGGAACAGGGGACGACAGUGCACUGCACGGCGAUAUAAAUGGAUACGGUUCUUAUCACUCACUAGCCAAUCUGACGAUUCAGAUUGACAAUGGCAUGAACAAUGUGCUCUCUUUUAACCGCUCCCUGGAUCUUUCCAAUGGCAUCCACACCACGACCUAUUCAACAUUGGAUGGAACCUACACAAGCUCCGUUUACUGCAGCUACCCUGAUCAAGUCUGUGUCUACCAUAUUUCCUCUCCAAGGCCUCUAUCAAACGUCUCGAUUUGGUUUGACCAGCUCGUUGAGUCAACUUCUCUCUGGAAUGCCACCUGCGGGGCGACCUUCGCUCGUUUGACCGGCUUGACGCAGGUUGGAUCGCCUCUGGGCAUGAAAUAUGACACUAUGGCCCGUAGCUCGCUUUCGGGGCACUGUGAUAACUCUACUGGGGCGUUGCACAUUAAUUCUAGUAGCACCAAGAGCCUCACUCUUGUCAUCGCUGCAGGAACGAACUUCGAUGCUGGCAAAGGCAAUCCCACCAACAACUUUUCUUUCCAAGGAGCAGAUCCUGAAGAGCAUGUCCAAAGCCUCGUGUCAGCUGCUAUUGAAAAACCUGAGUCGGAGCUCCGAGCGACCCACGUGGCGGACUACAGUACCUUGUCCAAUGCAUUUACCUUAGAGCUGCCAGACACGCAGAAUUCGGCUGGAACAGAGUUCUCGGCGCUUAUCACUGCAUAUAACGCGAACUCGACUCAGGGAGAUCCAUUCUUGGAGAAGCUCCUCUUUGACUACGGCCGACAUCUAUUUAUUUCGUCCUCAAGAGAGAACAGUCUUCCACCAAAUCUGCAGGGCAUAUGGAGUCCUACGGUGACCGCUUCCUGGGGCGCAGACUACCACGCCAACAUCAACCUACAGAUGAACCACUGGGGGGCAGAGGCAACAGGACUAGGAAACUUAGCGAAAGCUCUGUUUAACUACAUGGAAAGCAAUUGGAUGCCUCGCGGCGCAGAAACAUCUCGCCUUCUUUACGGAGCGGACGAGGGCUGGGUAACGCACGACGAGAUGAAUAUCUUUGGCCACACAGGAAUGAAAAACUAUGAAACAUCCGCCGACUACCCCGCGGCCCCAGCCUGGAUGAUGCAACACGUCUGGGACCACUACGACUACACCCGCAACAGCACCUGGUUCAAGACCCAAGGAUGGCCAUUGCUCAAAGGUGUAACAUCUUUCUGGCUUUCCCAGCUCCAAGAAGACCAAUUUACCAACGACGGCACUCUCGUCGUGAACCCCUGUACCUCACCCGAACACGGGCCCGUCACCUUCGGCUGCACGAACUGGCAACAGCUCCUUUAUCAACUCUUCGAUAUAACUCUCCAAGGCGCCGCCAUCGUCUCCGAGCCCAACACUAGCUUCACUGCCCAAGUCCAGCGAAGCCUGGCAAAGCUAGACAAAGGCUUGCACAUCGGGUCCUGGGGCGAGAUCAAAGAAUGGAAACUCCCCGACAGCUACGGAUACGACGUGCAAGGUGAUCAGCAUCGGCAUCUGUCACAUCUAGUAGGCUGGUACCCCGGCUGGAGCAUUUCAUCGUACCAGAACGGGUACACGAACGAGACGAUCCAGCGCGCGGUGAACAUCUCGCUCACGGACCGGGGACCGGGCAUCUCGGACUCCAAUGCUGGUUGGGAGAAGGUCUGGCGGUCGGCGUGCUGGGCGCGGCUGAAUGAUACGAAUAAUGCGUACUACGAGCUGCGGCUGGCGAUUGAUUUGAAUAUUGGGCAGAGCGGGCUGGAUCUCUAUGCGGGUGGGAAUCCGCCCACGGAACCGUUCCAGAUUGAUGCUAAUUUUGGAUAUCUGGGAGCGGUCCUGAGUAUGCUUACUGUGGAUUUGCCAGGGGAAUAUAAGAGUUCAGGUUCAGGGGAUGGAAAAGAAAGGGUUGUGGUGUUGGGGCCUGCUAUUCCGGCGGCGUGGAAGGGUGGGAAGGUGAGAGGGUUGAGGUUGCGGGGUGGUGGGAGUGUGGAUUUCUCGUGGGAUGAAAAUGGAGUUGUUGAUACAGUCAGUACUACUGGGCUUGCGAAGAAUGUGAGGUUGGUAAAUGUGGAAGGAAAGAGUCUACAUUAA